AUGCUGGUGCGACCUGGCUGCCAGGAUUCGAGUGCUCUUGUGGUACACCACAUUGUUGUUGCUGAUGCAGUAGCAGCUACCAUGCUGGUACGACGUGGCUGUGAGGAUGCUACGACCAAGUGCUCUCGUGGUACAUCGCGUUGUUGUUGCUGCUACAGCAGCAGCUACAACAACCGUGGUGUACCACGAGAGCUCGCUCGUAGUACCCACAUUGUUGUUGCUGCUACAGUAGCAGCUACGGUGUCGGUGCAACGUGGGUGCCAGUAUGCUACGGAUGAUGAUGCUAUCGCAGUACACUUGACCCACAGAAGGAAUACUCAUGAAGAAGAGAACCGGACAAGAAAAGAAACCUCGACCUAUUUUGUCUUACCAGUAAAGGGAGGUAGCUACCUAUAG